AUGGCUCGUUUUUGGAUUGCGCUUUGGGCGCUGACACUCGGCCAUGUUGUGAUCGCAUCACCGCAGGGCCAACUUCCCCUGGCUCCUCGUUCUACAGGCGCCUUGGAUGCAUGGCUGGCAUCUGAGACCACUGUAGCAAGACAGGGCAUUCUGGAUAAUAUCGGAUCGGCUGGUUUUCAUGCGAAGAGUGCAAAGGCAGGCGUCGUCGUCGCUAGUCCGAGUACUUCCAAUCCGGAUUAUUAUUAUACCUGGACUCGCGACUCUGCUCUGGUAUUCAAGGCCUUGAUUGACAUGUUCAAGAACGGCGAUACGGAUUUGCUGAGUUUUAUAGAAGAAUUUAUUAACUCGCAGGCUCAUCUUCAGACUGUGUCCAAUCCAUCGGGCGGACUGUCCGGUGGGAGUGGAUUGGCUGAGCCCAAGUUCAACGCCGAUGAAACUGCUUUCACCGGCUCUUGGGGUCGACCUCAGCGCGAUGGACCAGCCCUACGAGCCACCGCGUUGAUUUCAUUUGGACAGUGGCUAAUUGAAAAUGGAUACACCAGUUAUGCCACCAGUAUUGUCUGGCCUGUCGUGCGGAACGAUCUUUCGUAUGUUGCCCAGUACUGGAAUCAGACUGGAUUCGACCUCUGGGAAGAAGUGUCUGGCUCUUCGUUCUUCACCAUCGCGGCUCAGCACCGCGCCCUGGUAGAGGGAAGCGCGUUCGCCACGGCAGUGGGUUCAUCAUGUCCUUACUGCGACUCCCAGGCACCACAAGUACGGUGCUUCCUUCAGUCCUUCUGGACUGGGUCUUACAUCCUGGCCAACUUUGGCGGCGGUCGCAGUGGAAAAGACGCAAACACAAUACUCGGCAGCAUUCACACUUUCGAUCCCGAAGCCGGGUGCGAUGACACCACAUUCCAGCCCUGCUCAGCACGAGCACUCGCUAACCACAAGGCCGUGACCGAUUCCUUCCGGUCGGUCUACAGUAUCAACUUAGGUAUAGGCGCUGGCAAGGCCGUGUCCGUCGGUCGAUACUCAGAGGACUCAUACUAUAGCGGUAACCCUUGGUACCUGUGCACCUUGGCGGCAGCCGAGCAACUGUACGAUGCUAUUUAUACGUGGAACCGUAUUGGUUCUUUGACGAUCACUUCAGUGUCUUUAGGCUUCUUCAAGGAUCUAUAUAGUGCCGCUGCUGUUGGUACCUACCCCUCAUCCAGUCCAGCAUACAGCGCAAUUGUUAGCGCUGUCAAGAUAUACGCCGAUGGAUACGUCGGCAUUGUGCAAAGAUAUUCUCUAUCCGAUGGGGCCAUGUCCGAACAGUUCUCCAAGUCGGAUGGCUCGCAACUGUCAGCCAAAGACCUGACUUGGUCCUACGCAGCGCUUCUUACCGCCAACGAGCGUCGAAAUGCCAUCGUCCCAGCACCCAGCGCGACCAACACUGCCUGGCCCGCCACAUUGACUAGCAGAUCAGGAGGCGGAAGCACUACCAAGACAACUACUACCACAUCUACUAUGACGACGACGACAGACAUACCAUGCACAGCGCCUACUAGUGUCGCAGUGACAUUCGACGUCAUUGCCACUACCGUCUUCGGCGAGAAUGUCAAGCUUACUGGAUCCAUCUCCCAGCUUGGCGCCUGGGAUACGACUAAGGCUAUCGCUCUGAGUGCUUCGUCCUACACGACCAGCAAUCACUUGUGGUUUGUAACUGUCACACUGCCUGCUGGAAGUACCUUCACCUAUAAGUACAUUCGAGUGAAGAGUGACGGCACUGUUCAAUGGGAGAGUGACCCAAACCUGUUGUACACUGUGCCUACAACCUGUGGCACCACGGCUGCCACGUUAAGCGAUAUUUGGAGGUGA